GCAAAGAAACAACAGGACACUAGGAAGUACUGCAAGACUGUUAAAGAUAAGGAUAUUGUACGUUACAGCACACUGGACGGUCAGGUUUUUUUUACUUGAUGAAUGAAGAAAAACUUGAGAUUGACAAAAGCCUUGUAUUAUGGAAACCUGUUUUUCCUGACGGCUUUUUCAGUCCAGCGCUUUGCUGUCAAAAUAAGACACGACUCAACUGUUUAUUUAACGUCAUACAUUCGCGGGAAUUUUGUGCCGGUACCUUAGCUGUAAACAUGGAUCUUUGAGGUUUUUUGGGCGGCCAGAAGUUUAUGUUUGUCUUCAACGUAUUCUCGAACUGCAACUUCACCUCUUCCGGGAUCUCCUCAAUAAUCUUCAGAGAGGACCGGUCCUGGUCUCAUUGCGAGAGACUGUGAAAAUGGCAUCCGCCAAUCUGAAGUAUCUCUCUCUGGGGGUCCUGGUCUUCCAGACCACCUCUCUGGUGCUGACCAUGCGUUACUCGCGGACCCUACAGGGCGAUGGGCCGCGGUACCUGGCCUCCUCUGCUGUGGUGGUGGCAGAGCUCCUCAAGAUCCUCACCUGUGUGGGACUUGUCUUCAAAGAGCACAGUUUCAGCGGCCGAGCACUGAGCAGCGUACUAAGACAGGAGAUUCUCCACAAGCCUAUAGAAACAUUAAAGCUGGCGAUUCCUUCAGGCAUCUACACACUGCAGAAUAACCUGCUUUAUGCAGCACUGUCUAACCUUGAUGCUGCUACGUACCAGGUGACAUAUCAGUUGAAGAUCCUCACCACAGCCCUUUUCUCAGUGACCAUGCUGGGUCGCCGACUGGGGGUGUACCAGUGGCUGUCUCUGCUAAUUCUUAUGGCUGGGGUUGCAUUUGUACAGUGGCCUACUGACUCGCCAUCGGAUCCUCAGAAAGAGCAGCUGACUGCGGGGUCACAGUUCGUUGGACUGGUGGCCGUACUGGUGGCCUGUUGCUCCAGUGGCUUUGCUGGAGUUUAUUUUGAAAAGAUCCUCAAGGAAACCAAACAAAGUGUCUGGGUUCGGAACAUCCAGCUGGGCAUGUUUGGGCUGGUGUUUGGGUUGUUCGGGAUGUUUGCCUAUGAUGGUGCCAGAGUCCAAGAACAUGGCAUGUUCCAGGGCUACAAUAUGGUCACCUGGAUUGUUGUCGCGCUGCAGGCUCUUGGAGGGCUGGUGAUAGCUGCUGUUAUCAAAUAUGCUGACAACAUACUGAAAGGCUUUGCUACAUCACUCUCCAUCAUUCUUUCCACAUUCAUUUCAUAUUUCUUGCUCGAGGACUUUGAACCAACCAGUGUGUUUUUCAUGGGCGCGGCAUUGGUGAUAGCGGCAACGUUUCUCUAUGGUUACGAGGGCAAGCCGGUGGCCAACCCAAGCAGAGCGUGAAGAGAAAGUGGACGAGAGAUGAGGUGAAAGUGGAGCAGAACAAAAGGAUAAAAUGAGUGGAAGGACGCAGAAGAGGAGGCGUUGAGAGGAGAAAAACAGAUUGAUACAAGGUUGGAUUAACAGGCUGGGCCGCUGCUGUGCAGUGCUGAUCUGAGACAAUCUGAGAGCCCGAUAACACUGUUGAGUUUAACGUGAGAAGUAUUCAUAUACGCUAAUAACGUCAGUAUGUUGAACAAAACGGUUUCGUAAUGUGCCAAUUUCUGUCAAUGUUUUUGAGGAAUUAAGACUAUCGGACAAUCAUGACUUUCCGGGAACUGAAGCGCACGACUUUGCCAGUUUACGUUCGUGAUCAGUGGUUUUAUAUUCAUUCAUCCAUAAGGGGUGAUGGCUGCUUUUGGAUUGCUGCAGUGGCCUGCAGUAAUUUGCCACAAAUUAAACUUGAAUCUCGCCAAAACUUGUGAAUUUCAGGUUUCUGAUGGGGUGAUUGCUUUUCACUGUAUUUUUCAUUUAUCAAAUCAAACCGCUUCAGUCCUGAAAAAGAUUUUAAUGUUAUUUUUAUUAACUGGGUUAGGUUUGUGCAGGGAGAGAGGUGAAGGAUGGUGUGAUGAUGGGCAUUUUGUGAAUAUGAUGUAAACAUUUCAUAUAUUUGUGAUUAAUAAUGAUGAUGAAAAUGAUGCUAGGAAGUCAGUUUGUGGACCUUCUCCACUGCCGUGAUUACACUUUAUUGAACAAAUUACCUCUGUCACCAGGCAAUAAAUGAUACUUGAUGUAAUCCGUUAUAUAUGCAAGGAUUUGCUUUUUAGGCUAUUUUGCACUAUGUAUGACUCUGUAUUAGUUGCUGGUGAUGAGUAAUAUUAAAUCCAGGAGUUGUGUAAAAAAUUCUUUUUUUUUCUCAAACAAUACACACAUUUUCACCAGGGCAGCACAAAACUUUAAAGAAAAAGUUUGCCAUUUUCCAGAUGUGAAUACUGUUAAAACAAUGCAUGCAAGCACAGCUUGAAAAAGUGAUUAAAAAGGCAAAAGGAUUGUUCUGUACCUACA